UAGCGCUCUGGAGCUCGCCGAGUAAAGGUGUCGAUCAGUUGUUAGCGAAGUCGUCUUGACAGAGCUGGAGAUUGCGAUAGUUUGUGAAGAUUUUAUUUAAAGAAUACCAAGAUAAAUUGUGAACAGAGUUAUUGUCAAACGAUCGAGAUUUUGUCUGGAGUCUCUCGAUUCUUGUGCGGGGAUUUGACGAAGAAACUUUUGUGUGAAGUCUGAUGGUGUGAUGCUGAAGAGUGACCCAUGAUUGAACAUUCCCUAUUUGUUUUUGAACUAAAUUUGUGAUUUGAGAAAACUGUAUCUAGCUAUCAAAAAAAUGGCGCCUUGCGUUGCUUUCGGUUCUCAACGAGUGACCGAAGAUUCUGCCACUCCUUACAGUGAUGCAACUCAGACGAAGAAGCACAAGCCGAACCACGUGAAAAGACCCAUGAAUGCCUUCAUGGUUUGGAGUCAGAUGAGAAGAAAGUCUUCUCUCGGUUCUUCUCAUCACGCUGAGAUCUCUAAGAAGCUUGGCCAAGAGUGGCGAACUCUAACGGAUGAACAGAAGCAACCUUUCUAUGAUGAAGCUAAAAAUCUACGCAAACUGCACAGCAUUGAGUAUCCUUCGUAUAAAUAUCAACCCAAGAAGAAGUCAGAUCCUCUUAGACUACUCACUGCUACUGGGCGGGUAUCGAAGAAAAUGAAGCAAGGUCGCCGUAUAAUCUCCAAUCAGCCCGAAUUGCAGGGUCAAAACACUGGUGAGUUGAAGAUCACUUCACUGGCUAACUUGGCUAGCAUUGCUCAGCAUUCCGCUCCUGGAUACAUACCAGAAUCACCGGAGAGUCUGUGCAGUAGUGGGGGAUUGAAAUCAAGUCCGGCAUGGUCGGAAAUAUCUUCUUCUGGUCCAACCAGCUGUGCGGGCAGCAACUCUUUCGCGGACUUCCAUACUCAAGACUACGAGUCUUUGCUUGAAAAACUCACAAGCACCGUGGCCGACACAAGGGCCUCAGCGAUGCCUGACGGAAUGUUCAGGGUUGUGGAUCAGAAGCACUCCGAUGCACUAAGUUUCCACACUCCUCCUUCUUCGCCUGGUACUUCUAUCAACACAGUUUCCUCUCCAUUAGUUUCAGUGUCUCAAGCACCAACUCAGGAGUUGUUUGCGCCAUCAACGUACCUCAGCAGUUUGCCUAAUCACUCACUUGAUCAUUCCUUUACUUAUAAUGGCCGGGUGAGAAUAGACCCUGCCUUCUUCAGCCAACCGGAAAUCGGGCAGAACUUAUCUAAUUCAUCUAACAAUGAUCUCCAAUCGUCAGGACCAGCGAUGAUUUCUUGUCAAGUAACGCCUAAUUCGCGACUGAUUAGGCAAGAUCUUCCACCGCCUGAAAUUUUGAAUGAAGGUAUUACAGGGAGAGGACAAACACAAGAGCAAUUAACGCUGUCUCCCGAAGAGCUUUUCUUCAGUGCGAUUACUCAUGGUCAGAUUAAUUCUCUACCCGAAAGCCACAUCUUUCCAAGCCCUAAGAUUGAGGCGGCUUGUUCGUUCAACUCCCAGCUUUCAAAUUUUCAGUCAAACAAUUUUAGUGUUGAUACCAAUGUAUUUGGUUCCAGUCAGUCAGUAGCUACUAACAUGUCACCGGUGAAGGUGGAACCAACGAUAUCAAACUCAAGUGACUUAAUCACUUUGCCAGAAAGUAACUUUUCGCUGGACGACGCCUUAGAUGACGUCUUGACAUAUCUCGAUAUUCCUUGUGCUCAGUUGAACUCAGAGUGUGAAUCUGACUUACCUCCUUGUUCCUUUUUCUCUGAUAAUGAUGUGCAAGAAUUACUUGAAGGUGUAUCGGCAUUUCAAACAACACAGAUGAACUAUUACGAUCAUGCAUUUAAAAAUAAUUUUGUAGAUACACAGUGUAGAGAUCCCUUGCUAGCAUCCACCGCUUAUCAUACUCAACAUCUUUGAUAGGUAAUCGUAUGCUUAGUUAAAGCGGUCAAAGUACUGGGACGGUUUUGGUGAUAAUGCUUGCAGGUGUCCUUAAUUAUUUUGCAAUCAGUUGAACAUUGAUGUACACUAUAUGUAAAUAAUUUUUUAAAAUAGAUUCUGACAGCUAGAUUACUUUUGAAAAGUUGUACUUACUGUAUCUGACGUGAGAAUUUGAAUAAGUGCCUUGUCGAAUUACUGUUGCUGCCUGACAAACAAGUUACCUGUUUACCGUUGAAACACUGGUUCUUAUAGAUCACUCGUUCCAAUUUUCUGUAGUUCUAAAACAACACUUUUAUACUCUCACUGGGCUUUACAACCUCAUCUAUAUUAUUCCAGUUGUUGAUGAUCGUGCACAUUUCCCUGUUACAUAUCAUGCUUGUAUAAAUUGAAGCUUAAAGUAAAAGUUCUGCAGUUUUUCGUGUGUGAUAACCUAUGACGCGAAUGCUUGUGUAGUCAAAUGCUGUUUUCGGGCCGCAUAACGUUCCAGACAAAGAGUGCAGUGAAAGAUGCGCAUUGAGGACUGAAUAUAUUGAAAAUGAAAAGUUUGCGUGUCUCAGGAAAGAAAGUGUUCGCAGUGUUUUUGGUCGGAAAUUGAUCUCAUUGCUCAUAAUUUUCCGUUAUAUUACAUCGAGAGGAAUGUUAUCUUCGGCUCUCGCCUUAUUUUACCGACUUCAGUAUUUAUGUUUAGCUGCGUCGUUGAACUCAGAGAAAUUCACAUACGUGUAAAUGUUUUGUUCAAUGAAGUUUUUAGACGCACAUAUAUUCAGUUCUCAGAUAAAGACUCGUUAAGUGCCAUUGAUGAAUAAGUUGCUCAUAUCAUAGCGAAGCAAGACAUUUCUAGCUCCGUAUAUAAUUUUUAUUAGUUUCCUGCAGAAAUGACUUGUGCUGAACUUUUUACGUUCAGCGAUCGUAUUUUUGAUCAAUGAAAUUAUUAUGAAAAAAAUGGAGCAAUUUCAGGAC